AUGGCGCGAGCGACGGAUCAUCCCGAAGACAGGGUAAGCCACGUCGAUCAUACCGGCAGCCCUAUACAGAUCGAGCUAACAGAUGGCAUGCAGAGCGAGGAGGGUUCUACUGGGCUGCCAGAAGCGGGCGACGCCAUUGAUACCGCCACGUUCGAGCAAAUCCUCGAGAUGGAUGAGGAUGAGGAUGAGCGCGAGUUCAGCAAGAGCAUCGUCUUCGACUUCUUCCAACAGGCCGAAGCAACUUUCGACAAGAUGGACGCGGCUCUCGAAACGCGCGACCUAGAACAAUUAUCUCAGCUCGGCCACUUCCUCAAGGGAUCAUCCGCCACACUGGGUCUUACCAAGGUCAAGGAUAGCUGCGAGAAGAUCCAGCAUUUUGGUGCAAAUAAGGACGAGACGGGUACAAGGGACGAGCCAGACGACGACGUCUGCCUGAAGCGGCUCAGAAAGACAAUAGAGCAGGCAAAGCAGGAGUUUCACGAUGUGGAAAAGGUGCUGCGUAGAUUCUACCACGACGAGUGA